AUGACGGUAAUGGGAAGCAUGGUAUUCAGUGCUCCAACGGCUAAGUCCAUAGAAACAUCACUAGCAAAUGCUACAGUUUUACACUUCAUGGAGUCUUAUUCCAUGAGCAGUAGAUUAAUGGCUAGAUUCCGAGUGGCGAGCAAACAUAUGCACAUGGGUGAUAAAUCACAUACUUCAUUGGAUGAAUCGGAUAUGCCUCGCUUUGCCGAACCCGUAGCCAAUGUAACCGUAUCCGUUGGUCGAGAUGCUCUUUUGGCUUGUGUUGUGGAAAAUCUAAAAGGCUACAAGGUUGCCUGGGUAAGAGUAGACACCCAAACCAUAUUGUCCAUAUACCACAAUGUCAUCUCACAAAAUAAUCGCAUCAGUCUCACAUAUAACGAUCACCGAUCGUGGUAUUUACACAUCAAAAAUGUGGAGGAAAGUGAUCGUGGUUGGUACAUGUGUCAGGUGAAUACAGAUCCAAUGCGUUCGAGAAAAGGAUAUCUGCAGGUUGUGGUUCCCCCCAUGAUUGUAGAGGGCAUGACCAGUAAUGAUUUGGUUGUUCGUGAAGGCUUAAAUGUUACACUCAUGUGCAAAGCUCAUGGUUAUCCCGAGCCAUAUGUUAUGUGGCGUCGAGAAGAUGGUGAAGAAAUGCUGAUAGCUGGUGAUCGUGUUAAUGUUGUGGAUGGCGAACUAUUGCAUAUAACGAAAGUGAGUCGCCUGCAUAUGGCCGCCUAUUUGUGUGUUGCUUCAAAUGGUGUACCACCCUCCAUUAGUAAACGAGUCAAUUUAAGGGUACAAUUUCCUCCCAUGCUUUCGAUACCCAAUCAAUUGGAGGGAGCUUAUUUAGGCCAGGAUGUCACCUUGGAAUGUCAUACAGAAGCUUAUCCAGGCUCCAUUAACUAUUGGACCACGGAGAGGGGUGAUAUGAUUAUAUCGGACACCUCACGUGCUGGUGACAAAUUUGAAACGGCAUCAACGGUUAGUGGUUAUACCAAACAUAUGAAAUUAAAAAUACGUAAUGUGGGUCCCAAUGAUUUUGGAACUUAUCGAUGCGUAGCAAAAAAUUCAUUAGGCGAAACUGAUGGCAACAUAAAACUAGAUGAAAUGCCAGCACCCACUACUGCUAUUUUAUCCGAAAUGGCCAUGUUGAAUCGCAGUCUAGAUGGCAAGCGUCGUAAUAAAAAUAAAUUAGACUCAAAUUCUUUGCCCGACUAUGGUGUUGAAGAGUGGCGUGAUGGUGCCGGCAAUGCGGGCGAUAACAAUCAAGCGCCAAUGCGUAAUCCACCCGAUGCUUUACACAAUUCAGCAGGAGCAUUGGCACAACAUAAUCUAGUUGGUGUAAUAAUUCAAGCGAUUAAAAUGCAAUCAUUAGGGAUUUUCAAGCGUUUAACGAAUUUAAUACAAACCAUAAACGAAUGCGAGACAACAGCAAAAGCAGUAGAGGAUUUAAAGGCAGUCGCUAAACUAAGGAAAGCAAAAAUAACAACAAUAGCAGUUAUAAGAAAAACAAUACAAAAAUACGUGCAUAAAAUACAAAAGCUUACAAACGGGCUGGCAACAUCUAUGGUGAAAAUGAUAAAAUCAACAGUUUUUAUAUUAAGACAAAAGCAACAACGGGAACAGCAGCCACAACAACUACAGCCAAGGCAACAGCGUAAAAAUCUUAUUAUAGAAAAUGAAUUUAAAACAUUUAAACACUUCAGUACACAGGAGACACAUGUCAGCCGCCAUCGCCAUGAAAAACAUUGCAAAAUGUGGCGCAGGAAAUUGAGAAAGAGUCGUUUAUGUUACAUGCACGAUAAGAUGACGACGAUGAUGUCGGCGACGACGACAUUGAAGAAGCAGCAACAUCAAGACAAUUCAAAUUUUAUGGCGAAUUUAUAUGUGAACAAUUUUCAACAACAUAUAAAACAACAAGAAAUUUUACAUAAAUUUAAUACAAUUUAUAUAUUUUUACAAUAA